AUGACUGGCAGCCAAGAGAGAAACGGCUUCUUCCGCCCCGGGCUGCCUCUCCUGUGUUUACUGUAUAUGUCGAGGGCCCUGCCCGAGAAGGUUCCAAGCUGUCGACAAGGUGACAUCGUGCCUGUGGGGAGUUCGUGUGGUUACAUGAGAUGGAGGGUUUGCCAGGGAGGAGGGAAGAUCCGGCAGGAGGCAGCGAUCCGCGGCGGGGGCGAGCAUGGCACCUUGGCUUUGGUACCGACUGCGCGAGGUGCCGACCUCGAGCGGAAGCUUCCUGAGUCGCCGCCAGGCAAGGGCUUUCUUCUCGAAGGAGAGGCAGUGUGCGUGUCCUGGUAUCUUGUUGUCAAGCGAGCGGAUCAUGGUAUGGAGGCCGCCCACCAGCGAUAUGGCCAGGGAAGUUUAUUCCCUGACCCCAUGGUGACGUCGAAUUCUCGCAAAACUUGGUACGCCUCUGUUUGUCGCGUGUGGCGGCCAGUCCGUGACUGA